AUGGAAAAAAGUUUAAGUCAUAGAGAAAGAAAAAAGAAAAAAAAUUCGGAGGGAUUUGACAACGAAACCGAAUCGAAUUUAAUAGAAAACGUCGAACGAAAAAAAGAAUCAAAUACUCAAAGUUGUCAUAAAUUGUUCAGACGUGACACAUAUGUAUUGAUCAAAGCAAAAAGUGAUUCGAACGUUGUUUCUUCUCUAAGUAACAGUGACGAAUUAAAUGUUUCAAGUGUUGAAAGUUUUCUUAACAAAGACAAAGAUGAUGUGAGUGGUUUAACUUAUAACGUAAAUGAUGAUUCUAAACAUGAUACAUUCAAUGUGGAAAAAUCUAAAGGUGGUCAAGAUGAGAGACCUGUACCAGCUCCAAGAAGGAUAAAAUUUACAAAUAUAACAGAAAAAACAUCAUCUGAUACUGAUAGAGAUGUUGCCGAAAUAGAUUUGAAUGAAAUUCGUGUCAAAUCUGAUACUGAUUCAAAAUCACAAAAAAUAAAUUCGAAUGCAUCACAAAGUGUGACACCAGUGCCAAAACCACGUAAAAAAAAAUUACAAAUUGUUAAUAACAUCAUUGACAAACCUUUACAACCUUCUGUGACUUCUUCGAAUAAUCAAAAACACUCAUCCACCAAAGAUGAAGCGGCAGGAACAUCAGCAGAAGAAGUUAAAAUCCAUGACGUUGUAAUAAAUAAAUUAGAAGAAAAAGAUGACAAAUCAGAAAUUCCAUUGAUUGAUAAUUUAAAACAUGAAUAUGUAUUAAAAUCUGAAAAAGCAAUUGAAGAAAAAUUAAAAAAAGAAAAAAAACUCAAAAUAUCUGAUUUGAUUGAUAAAAAGAAAAAGAAAAAAUUAAAUAAAAAAAAAAAACUUACAUCUUUGAUGAAAUUAGAAAAGGGUAAAAUUCCAAAAAUAUCAUUCAUAUCAAAAGAUUCAAAUGUAAAAAAUGAAAUUGAUGACCAAAAUGAUGACAAUGAUGAUGAUGACAAUAAUGAUUUUCAAAUGGAUUCACCAAGGUAUCCAUUAUCUGCUGAAAAUGGACGAAUUUACGUUCAAAAUAAAUAUGGUUUUUCACUAAUGAAAAGAGAUCAAGUUAUAAAUUCUGAAAAUGAUAAAGACAAAAAUGAUGAUGGAAACAAAUUAACAAACAUGGACGAAUCAACUGUUAAAACCGCCAUUUUAUUUCAAAAAUACUGGUCUAGAAUGAUGAUGUUCUUCCACGGUAUUCUCGCGGGAUUCGCCUGCUGCCACGCGCUUAUCGUAACCGUUAUUAUUUUACGCUUGGCUUAUAAUCCAACGGAUUUUAUUAAUUUUUAUUCAAAUCUUUCAUUGAAAAUUCAUUAUAUUUUUUACAUUUUAACGACUUUUAGCAUAGUUUCUUGUUUCGACAGAAUUGACAUUGGUCACAUAAAUAAAAAACAUUGGGAAACAGCAUGGAAAGUUCCAUCUAUGUGGAGCAUACUUUGCGUUUAUCUAGCAAGUUUUUUAUUAACUUUUAUAAAUCAUAAAACGGAAACCAGGUUUGAUUCGUACCUGUACAUGACUGAAAAUGAUACAGAUGCUAAAAUAUGGAACACAAGAGUACCGAAUGAAAUACAAGUAACUGUACUCACGUGGUUUCAUAUUGUAUGGGCACGAGAUAUCCUAUUGAUUGUUGCAUGGCUUAUUAUAUCAAUGACUAAAUUUUCUGAUUUUUUAUGUGGACAUCUUAACAAUAUGAAAAAAUAUGCUCAGAUUAAUAAUUCAGAUAAUGAAAAAAAUUAA